AUGGUUGGGAAGCCCCUGAUUGCCGGCCUGGUGGUUCUCCUGGUGGCCGCAGUGAGCCUGUUCCUGGGGGUCUUUAUGGGGCUGGGGAAGAAAAACACGCCUCCCACCUCGGACCACUUCUACUCAAGGGCUGCUGUGGCUGCUGAUGCUGGAAAGUGUUCAGAAGUGGGGAGAGACAUCUUGAAGAAAAACGGUUCAGCCGUGGACGCUUCCAUCGCUGCCUUGCUAUGUGUCGGCCUUUUGAACGCUCACAGCAUGGGCAUCGGAGGAGGACUCUUCUUUGUCAUCUACAACGCUUCCACAGGGAAGGUGGAAACCAUUGAUGCGAGAGAGACAGCGCCCAUGAACGCCACUGAAGACAUGUUUGGCAACAACACCAAGCUUUCUCGUACAGGUGGAUUGUCCAUAGCCAUUCCCGGGGAGAUCCGCGGUUACGAGAUGGCUCACAAGAGGCAUGGAAGGCUGCCAUGGAAGGAACUGUUUGAGCCCAGCAUUGCCUUGGCUCGUCAUGGUUUUCCUAUAGGAAAAGCCUUGGCUCAUGCCAUCUUAAAGAGCAAAGAUUCGAUUCAAGGAGAUGCCAACAUGUGUGAGAUAUUUUGUGAUUCUCAAAAAAACAUCCUGAAAGAAAAUGAUAUCGUCAGAUUCCCAAAGCUGGCCGACACAUACCAAAGAAUAGCAGAAGAGGGGCCUGAUGUCUUUUAUAAUGGGUCAAUGGCACAGAUUAUCGUGGAGGACAUCCAGGCGGCAGGUGGCAUUAUCACCCUCGAUGAUUUGUUGGAGUACCAGCCUGUGCUGAACGAGAACCCUCUGAAGCUGAACGUCGGGGAAUACACAAUGCAUGUCCCAGACGCCCCCUCCAGUGGCCCUGUGCUGGCACUCAUACUCAACAUAGUGGAUGGGUACAACUUCUCAGGCACAAGUGUCUCUACAGCAGAGACGAAGACUCUGACGUAUCAUCGCAUUGUAGAGGCCUUUCGUUUUGCUUAUGCCAAAAGGAGCCGACUUGGAGACCCACGUUAUCUCAAUAUCACCGAUCUCAUCCACAACAUGACCUCAGACUACUUUGCUGAUGGCAUAAGAAGUAGAAUUACAGAUGACACCACCCACCCAGACAACUACUACGAGCCAGACUAUUUUGUCCCAGACAACCACGGAACAGCUCACCUGUCGGUCAUAGCUGAGGAUGGAAGCGCCGUGGCCGCCACCAGCACCAUUAAUCUAUAUUUUGGCUCCAAAGUCAUGUCUCGAUCAACUGGAAUCAUCUUCAACGAUGAGAUGGACGACUUCAGCUCUCCGUACAUGACCAACGGGUUUGGAAUCCCUCCCUCACCCAACAACUUCAUCCAACCAGGCAAGAGGCCGCUGUCUUCCAUGUGUCCCACUAUCAUCUUUGACAAAGAGAACAGAGUGAAAAUGGUUGUAGGAGCAUCUGGAGGCACUAAAAUCACCACAGCUACUGCCUUAGUAAUCCUGAACUCCUUGUUCUUUAACUACGACCUAAAGAAAGCUGUGACGGAGCCGCGAUUCCACAACCAACUCAAUCCAAAUAUGACAGUGGUGGAGCAGGGCUUUGAAAAGAGUGUGCUGGAGGGUCUGGCCCAGAAGAACCACGUGACACAGCUGCUGAGGACUCCGGACUCGGUGGUGCAGGCGGUGGUGCGGCAGGGAGAGCGUCUGUGUGCAGAGUCUGACCCCAGGAAAGGAGGCUACCCAGCGGGAUACUGACCGUGACCUCAGGCCCUCCUCAAAGACACUUGGACAGAUUCACAGUAAACAAAAAGGUGUCCGCACGGAAGACCCAAGCAGUGUUUAAGCUACGGAGACACAGCCACCAAUCCUUCUUUUACUCAAACAUGGAAAGUGAUUCAAUUUCAAUACCUCUUUCACUCAAACUCGACUAUUCAGCAUAACUUUUUCCUUUGGCAUUAAUUUUGUGUUUUGAAGUAAAGUAAGAGGUUGCACCUAGUUUGACUCCUGUAUCAUCACUACUGGAUACUGGUCAGGUAGGCCGAAACACAUUUGGUUCUACUAAACCUAUUUUAUAAAUAAUACAUUUAUGUUGAAGGUUUCAUCACUAUGUUUUAGGUAACAAUCCGAGUGGUUUUAGGUUGUCCAUGUUUACUUUUCUUUUGUUGUCUAAGUAAAAAGAACGAGGGGUUGGGUGUUGUUUUCAUGUCAAACUUGUGAAAACAUCAAGUAUCGACCGACAAGCACUGAUCAAUUAAAAAAUAAGGACACCUCAGGUUGUUUGCCUGUUUUCCCCAAAUGUCUACCUACAUCUUUCUCCUGAUGUAAGCUGAUCGUGACAUCCACAUCAUUUAGCAGAAA